AUGUAUGAUCCUCGAGGAUCUAUGGGCUUAGGCUUUUCCGGAUAUUAUCGGUCGGUAGCGUACUUCCCGCUGUUCUACUCGUCGCUGCUAGGUGUCGAGCACGCCACCUGCCGCCUGAUCGAGAGCGGAGCUGAUGUCAACCAGCAAAUUCCAGGGUAUAGUAGUGCACUUCAUGCUGCUGUGAAGUGCGGUCACUAUGAGAUUGCUCAGAUUCUGCUUGAAUCCGGAGCAGAUGCCAACCGAUGGAAUGAAGAUUAUGGCACGCCAUUGGAAUGUGGCGUAGCUGAACUACAUCUGAGUAUCUGCCAGCUGCUUAUCGAUCACGGGGCCGAUGUGAAUGCUGCCACCAUACAUGGUAGUGUCCUGCUGGCGGCCGUGGCCCGACUAGACCCGUCCACAUUACAUGGUGUCAAAAUCGUGCAGCUGCUGCUUACCCACGGUGCUAACGUCAAUGCUCGGAUGGCUAGAGGCUGGGACGAAGAGUACACAGCUCUAUAUUUAGCCUCAGCAAAGGGUUUUCUCGGAAUUGUUCGACUCCUCCUUGAUAGGGGAGCCGAUAUCAACGCUACGGGUGGAAAUAAGGUCGGUACUGCUCUACAGGCAGCCUCAGCAUACGGGCAUCUUGAAAUUAUUCGACUACUCCUUGAUAAAGGGGCCGAUAUUAACGCUCCGGGUGGAAAUUGGGUCGGUACUGCUCUACAGGAAGCCUCUAGACACGAUCGGGUUGAGACUGUACAGCUAUUGCUCGAACAGGGGGCGGAUGUCAACGCUCCAGCUGGAGAAAAUGGCACUGCUCUGCAGGCGGCCUGUGCGGGAAGAUUCGUUCAAAUGGUUCAGUUGUUGCUCACACACGGUGCGGAUGUCAACGCGUGGACGGAUUAUUUGUUGCUUACCAAACAUUACGAAAGAGAAAGGCCCAGCACCGCACUGCAGUGUGCGUUGGUGGAUGACCGUGCGAAUAUCGUGGAGCUGUUGAUUGAAUAUGGCGCAGACAUGAGUGCGACAAAUGUAAAUGGCCGCACAGCGCUGGAUUUGGCGAAGAAGUGGGGAAAGGAGGAAUCAAUCCAGGUAUUAGUCAAGCGCGGAGCGACAGAGACAGACGCGGUGUCAGAGCCAGAGUCAGAGUAG